AUGGCAGCAGAGUUAAAAACAGAAGCACAACAGCCAGAAACACAGAAGACUGACAGACAAGAAAAAGGACAGAAAGGAGGAAUGAGAAAGCCCAGAGAAGAGAAGAAAUGGGUUCCAAUGACAAACUUAGGAAAGAUUGUUCAGAUGGGAAAGAUGACACUGAAUGACAUCUACACCAACAGUUUAAAGAUCCAGGAGCCAGAAAUUAUUGACUUCUUAGUUGGAUCCAAGCUUAAGGACGAGGUUCUGUGCAUCAAGUCCAUCCAGAAACAGACAAAGGCUGGGCAGAGAACAAGAAUCAAGGCCGUUGUCAUUGUUGGAGACGGAAAUGGAAGUAUAGGUCUUGGAGUAAAGUCCGCAAAGGAAGCCAGAGGUGCCAUAGAAAAGGCAACACAGGUUGCAAAGUGCAACAUGCAACCAAUUGACUUUGGAUGGUGGGACAGAAAGAUUGGAGAGCCUCACACAGUUAAAGUAAGAGGAUCAGGAAAGUGUGGUAGUGUCAACAUUACUCUUAUUCCAGCACCAAAGGGAACUGGAAUUGUAGCAGCAACCAUCCCAAAGAAGAUUUUCCAGAUGGCCGGAGUUAAGGACGUGUUCACUGCCUCAUCCGGGCGUACUUCAGCAAGUGAAAACUUUGCUAAAGCAACUAUUUCUGCAUUACAGAAGUGUAACACUUUCUACUCACCAGAAAACUGGGGAACACCAGAGCCAAUCCCAUCACCACUGCAGGUAUACUCUGAUCUUAUAUCAAACUUCUCCCAGAAACUAUCGAUAUAAACAGCC